UUUCUCGUUUGAAUAAAAACUGAAUAAAAGUUUUAUACAAAAUGGUCGUUUGUUUGAUGCGAAUCUCUGCGAAAUCAAGAAAAUUAAUUGGAAUAUUCAAUGGAGCUCUGAUCGGAUUUAUACUUUUUCUGGAGGUUUUACUGGUUAUUUUGAAAAACGAUAAACUAAUCGAGUUUUAUAAUAUUGGAAUCUUUCAAUGGCUUCGAGAUCAAGAUUCAGUGUACCUUUAUUCAAAUUUUAUUGUGAGCUUCCUCGUCUUGUGCUCAGUUUGUCUAUUAAUUUUUGUAUUUGAUGUGGCGACUUCUCAGGAGAGCGAGGCAUUCCAUGUUAAUUUGAAGACCUACUCGAUAUCAAUUUACUUGUUAUGUGUUUCAUUUAUGGUUUGUGUUCUGAGUUAUACACUUUCUCUUCGUAUUUCCUCAGAAUAUGAUACAAAAAUGACAACAAUUUUAAUGACUAAUUAUUUGAACUACAACGAAUCAAUGGAAAGUAGACGUCUUGUUGAUCGAAUUCAUAUUGAAUACUCGUGUUGUGGUGUGAACUCCAUUGAAGAUUUCGUAGAUCUGUCUGAAGUUGACAAUAAGUUACCUACUCAAACGAAACUAUGGCCCUGUAAUGAAUGGGAGUACUGUUCAGUACCAUUAAGCUGCUGUAAAACAGUUUCUUGUUCUCAAAAAGUUGAAUUAUUGAAUGAUGGAUGGGACCAGGCAAACAUCACCAACAAAUGGUUCAACAAAAUCGGUUGUGUUAAAAAAAUGGACAAUGCGUGGCUUUUUUUCAAUUUCCCUAGUUAUAAGCUAAACGAUUUCAUAAUGAUCCUUGUACUUGGAUUUCACAUAUGCUCAUUGAUUCUCACUCAAAUUCUUGUUACGUCUAGUGCAACAUUACAUGGUGCUCGCUUGGAAACUUCGGAAUCGUCGUAUGCAUGGCUCAUUGAUGUUGGACAACCAGAUUCUGUAGCUCUUAUUAAGAAACUCAAUCCAGAUAUCCUUCCAUCUGAAUUUGAAGCAUCCACAAGUGUUGGCAAGGAUGAGAAAGAGAUAGAACCAGAGAAAGACGUAGAUAUGAAUGCACAAACCGCGUUGACAACCACGGCAGAAACUGAACAUACUGCUACUAUGAAUAGCACCACAGCUCCAGUUACAACUACAAACACUGCCGAAACUACUGAUGCAACUUUGGUUUCCACUUCAACCAGCAACAUUGGAAAAUUGUCAACUUCGAGAGAUGAUGGUGUUUUGAGUUCCGACUCAAACGAUAAAUUGACUAAGAAAAGUACAGAGCAUCCAAUGAAGAAGGAAAAACAGACUAAGAACAAAGUCCAACUUCGGAAAAGCACGGAAACAAAACAGAAACCGAACGUCGUUGCAAAACCACAGAAGAAAACUGACACAAAAGUGAACACGGCGAAGAAAAAUCCGACACCUGUGAAAAAGGCGCCUUCGAAAAAGAAUAAAAAAUAAGAAUCCUUUUUUUCAAACUUUUUCCAUUCAAUUUCAUGAAAUAUUUCACCCUUUCUCCAAUAAAUUUAAUGCAUUUU